AUGCAGCUUCCAAGGUUCCUGUGGCCGCACGGAGGAUCGUACAGUCGGCCGGAGGGGCAGGAGGUGGAGUGGACCACAGCGACGAUUUUUCCGGCACAGUCUUCCGUCGGUGCCAAUGUCGUGCGCAGGUUUGAGAGAGGCAUUCGCCUGGCGUUGGGAGGCGCGCUGGUGUACGUACUCUCCAUGAUCGAUAUUCCCUCGCUCGACUACUCGUUUCGCGCACUAGUGGCGCUGAUGUCCCUGGGUGACCCGCAUGGAAAGAUUGCAGCCGUUAUCGUAUUUAGCCUGUUUGUGCUGUGGGCCCUUGGUCUAAACGUGGGAAAACACAAGGAGAUGACCAUCAUCGGCUCCUAUAUUUUCAUGUAUGUCAUGCCGCUAGCAACGCUCAUUGCGUUACCCUAUGCUGUCGGAGGAGUUACGAUUCCCAUUUCCCCGGAGAUCAUCCUGAAACUGAAAACGUUUCUAGAAAGCGGGUCUCCGACGGCGCUAGAGCUGGUAAUUCAGGUCUUGGCCGGGUACGUGGGAGAAAACCCUGAAAACGUUAGGGCCUUCAUAAACAAGUUUUUUUCCGAUCCGCGGCUGGUUAACCUGAUUAUCUUGAAAAUCAACGCCCAGACGCACGCACAAGUGCCGCUGUUUCCAUUCAUCGGGAAGCUCGACCCCGCAGUCGUCCUGCAGAAGUUCAUGACAGUCAUUUUCUCCCUGUUUCCGGGGGACAAUGUUAUCGAUCUUCACUUCUCACUAUCAAAAGUGGAUGAACUGGAUGCAGCAUAUGACUGGCUCAAUGGUGCCCCGUGCAGCGUGUACGGGACACUCAACUCCGGCAUUUACAUCACCGUGGAGACGGGCCUUUGGCUAAUCCGAGUGCUGUGGACAGCUGAUGGCCGAGUAGGCUUCCUCCGUAAUCUCAUUGCAUUUGCUGCCCUUGGCUACGCUAUUUGGGUCCUUGUCAUGCUCAUCCCUCCUAUUCAUCGGCAACGCGACGUCGUUCGGAGAGAUAUGGCAAACUGCACGAUCAACAUCAACCGAUGCCUUCGAGCGACGCGGGAAGUACUUCACUGUCUGGAGGCUUCUCCAGAGUCAGUGGCGCCGAACGGAGGGCGACACGGCUCACAUUCUCCCAUCUUGGGCUCCUCUGGACGGGCCAGCGAUCGUGCAGGGCAUCGACCUGCUUGCCCCAUCGCGGAAGCACUGAGGGACACGGGCGACGCCAGCAACCAAGCCCAUACAGCCACGAAGCCCCAUCAGGGUGCCGCCUAUCGAGAGGGAGACUCGAGGGGGGGACAUACGAAGCUGGCAGUCUCGCCUGGACCAGGGGUGCCGCCAAGUCCGUCGUACAUAAAGGCAAUCUCCUUCUCCUCCGCAAAAUUCGUCGAGGCGGUUGUGCCGUUGAAGCAGUCCAUUGUGAAAUUGACUGAAGAUCAGAAGCGCGUGUUUAUGUCAGGAAUGGAGCCAUACAUGCUGAGUGUAGGGCCCAGGGUUUUCGUGAUGAAGGAGGUGAACGAGGUCCGAGAACGGCUGCUUCAAUGCGCCUCGUAUGUGCAACAGCUUUGCAAAGUACUCUUUGACGUCGUACGAACCAGCGUAGUGAACAGUGAGUUCUCCAUAUGGACACCGACAGUGUACAAAAUUGAAGCGAUCAUCGCUAAAGCCGAGGAGCUUUACCAGACUUGCGGGGAGCUCAUUAUGAUGCAGCCUGCAAGAAUCAACCGCGAAAAACACCGGGAGAUUGUGGACGAGAAGCUGGCGCACCUGAAAGAGCUCGAGGUGGAGCUCGCCAGUCUGCAUCAGGAUAUUAGCGCACUGGCGAACGAAGCCACAGACAAAGUGUUCUACGAGUUCGGUGGUCCUCCCCCAGCUACUGACGUGUCGUCCAGUCGAGGUCGCUCUCCCGCAGCUUCUCCGGCCUCCAAGGCUGAAAUGCCAUCGCCGGGUAGCCCCGUGGCCGCGCCGAAGGUCGAAGACACUGAAGCCGUCCGCCCAGCUCAGAAGGCUACCCAGUCGCAAGGCGAGUUUGGCGCGCCGCCGCCGGCAGGUUCCGAGGCGGAUGCUCCAGCCCCUGAAGAAAACUCACAGGCUUCUGGCCAGCAGUCGCAACCCCCGCCUCGUUCGCAGGCACUUGGAACGUCAAAGCAAGAGGAUCCAAGUGGGGGAGUGGGUGUGGGAGGUCCGGUAGACGCAGUUGCACUCAAGCGUGGACUUUCGGAAAGGGGAGAGGCGCGACACGGGGCCGAUGCAGUCGGGGACGCGAGGACUCGGCGACACCAUACCCACGCGGGCCACAGAUACGAGUCAAAGGUACCGAAUUCUUUCGCUUCCUUGGACCAGAAGGAAGCGAGAAACGUCAGCAGGACGAUGGAUCACAUGCCCUUGUCGAUGGCGCUUGUGGCCAAGUACCAUGCGGCCUACAAGGAGCCUGUCGCUCUGGCGAAGGCAGUCCAAGCGUUGCACGAGGCUCAACGUCGCAAGACGUGGAAGAAUCUUCUCGUAAACAUCGCGUUCCCCUUCCUCCCCAUGAUGGUCCACGCUGCAAGGCUUACCAUUACACCCCUUACGCAAUUCUUGUUUUGGCGCAAGACGUGGCGUGGUCGGGAUGCGUGGUGGCGACAUCCGGAAUUCUGGCAUCUCGUCAAGUUUUUCAUUCCCAUGAUCACCCUUUUUUCAGUCGCCGUGUUCGAAAAGGACGUGCUGCAAUACACUUGGGGCCAAGAACUCACAGAUGAGCCAGUGAUUCUCGACUACUGCCUUCAAGGCGUCACGACGCGAACAGUGCCGUGGAUCAUGCUCGGUUUCCUCACCUGCCUUCAAACUACGUACAACGGGACGGUUUUCCGCGGCAUGAACCGUAUUAUCGGUAUUGUUGCUGGAUCGGGCACAGCGUGGAUUGUCAUGUACGUCUGCGGUCACAGCGUGGCGAAGAUUGUUUGCUUCAGUGUGGCUAUCCUCUUUGUCGUCGUCUUCUGCACCACUGACAUGGAAAACCCGAACUACGGCUUCCACGCAGUCUGGGGCUACGCUGGCAUGGUCUCCACAUACACCCACACUCUCAUCGUUGGUCUUGCCUUCGAAUCCCUAGGAGGCCUCACAGGAUCGCGAGAUUACCUCGUGGUGACCAGAAUCGUCUCCAACCUCCUUGGCAUAUUGCUGGCACUCGUCGUCGCCCACGUGCCCCCGGUUUGCAGCGGCAACAAUUCCGCGUCAGAGCGGUACGGAGAUUCGCUCAAGUGCUGCGCGCAGGCCAUCGAGAAGGCAGUCCAGUAUUUGCUGGAGGCUUCCGAAACCGCAGCCGACCCGGUGCUGGAAAAAAUGUCAAAUUUCCGGUUCAAUGCACAAGUGCCUCGCACCGCGAACAACUCGCCGGAGUCCUUGACCACAGCAGGCAAUUCGCAACAAGCCUCACACAUUGAUGCGUAUUUCCCGACACUCGCCCACGCAGACGCUGCAGGCGCGGUGACCGUAGCCGCUGCUGCGCAGAACGCGAUGCCAUUGAUUAGCCCGGUGGAGGUGAAUGAGCAUUCUGGACCCAAGUCGUCCCCUGGCGCGGAAAGGCCGGGAAUCCGGUCGAAGGGGGCGAGCCUGACCAACACACUUACGGGCCCAGACGCUCGAAUGUCCGGGAACUCUGGAGACGCAAACGGUGUAUCUCUGCCGAAUGUCAAAGACGUGCCGGAUGACUCUCUGCAGGAGGCUCUGAGACUUGUUCGAGGGCCUGCAGCAGACUAUCUGGAAGCAGGACAGCGCUUUUACAAGGAGGGUUGCAGUAAACUUUUGUACUUCCCGUGGCGAACCAAUCCUGUGCUCGAAGAAGUUUACCUGGCUGUGGGAAGCAUGAGGAAACGCGUGGAAAACAUGUGUGAGUUGCUCAAAGAUUUUAUGACUGAGGGCUAUGGCCUCGACGAUCGAAUGUUUGCGUUCUCUGAACCGCCCACUGACAAGGAAGGAGAGAACGCACCUGAAAAGCCACGUUCUCGUCCUUCUCUCGGGAAUGCCGGAGACGCUCCUUCUGCAGGCAAUGAUGGCCCACAGGCGGGCGGCGAAAAUGCCACCGGAACGGAAGCCGGGGACAAAGCUGCAGAUGGUGCAUCGUCGACGCCGGAGAUUGUCGUUCACGCCGUUGCCGCUGCGAACAAGCAGCGAGGCUACGGAGACAAGCGAAAAGGCAGUCUCUAUGUGCUCAAAGAAGGCAAUGCAACGGCGAUCACCGAACUCUUUAAAACCAACUCCGGUGCCCAGCUUCGACGCGAAAUGGCAGCCGCUGUUCGGGCGUUGACAGAGUUGUCAGACGCAGUGACGAUGGAAUUGAGGAUUCUCGUCCCAACCACAGUCGAUAGGUUCAUGGAGCGUCUUACUGGGUCGAAAAAGAACACCCAGGUGGAGCCAGAACUUCCAGAUGCGGUUCAUGAAAGAUGCCGCGACCACGCAGAAACUGCCUUCAGUCACUUGUUGCUGACGCUGUCCAGCUGUCUUGUAGAACACCGCCUACUCUUCGAGGAAAGUAUUGCUCGAAGGCGCGCGGCGGCUUUCACGGUGAUGGCGGUCAUAUAUUACCUGGACAUGCAGAAGCGUUCCCUUGAUAUUAUUCGCGAGUCUCUGGUUGCGCGCCGGGAAAACACUCCACAGGAUGGCUGGUGUCCUUGGUGUUGCCGACCAGGCGUGGAGACGCUUGGUAUUGACUAA